UACCCAUACACAAUAAAUUCCUAUUAAACACUUGAAAUACCGAACACAUAGAUAUCUACUGAUUCCGUGACCUGCGGUGCUGCACAACCAACACAAAAAUACCUUUCCACCGUCUCUCCCCCUACCCAGAAUCACACACAGCCACACAGUACUCAAAAAACAUCUCAAAGACUCAAGUCUCCAAACAAUAUCACGUCCAUGUGGAAAAGGAGCUAUCUUGGAGAAUAUUAAUGGAGUCUAUUAAGCCAUCGAAGAAGAAAAAAUGGUUCCUUCCUUUAGUUUUCUCUCUCUUGGUAUCUUCUUUUCUCAUCAUAUUCUCUGUUUUCAGUUCAAACCCAUUUCACCAAACACCCGUUAAGCCACAAGUUCCUCUCUUUGUGGAAUCAAAGCUACAUGUGGCUCCAACAUUACCCAGUUCCAGAAUUCCAAGACUAGCCUACUUGAUAUCUGGGUCAAGAGGGGAUGGUGACAGUUUAAAGAGGACAUUAAAGGCUUUGUACCAUCCAUUGAACCACUACGUAGUGCACUUGGACCUUGAAGCGUCAGCUGAGGAGAGAUUGGACUUGGUGAAUUUUGUGAAGAAUGAGAAUUUGUUUGUGAAAGCUGCGAAUGUGAGGGUAGUUGUGAGAUCCAAUUUGGUUACAUAUAGAGGGCCUACUAUGGUUAGUAAUACUCUCCAUGCGGCUGCAAUUUUGUUGAAGGAAGGUGGAGAGUGGGAUUGGUUUAUUAACUUGAGUGCUUCUGAUUAUCCUUUGGUGACCCAAGAUGAUAUGCUUCAUACUUUAUCAUCUAUUCCAAGGGAACUUAAUUUUAUCGAGCACACUAGCGACAUUGGCUGGAAAGAGUUUCAGAGAGCCAAGCCUGUCAUAAUAGAUCCAGGACUAUACAGCCUGCGAAAAUCAGAUGUAUUUUGGGUCUCAGAGAAAAGGAGCCUGCCUACGGCAUAUAAGCUUUUCACAGGUUCUGCUUGGAUGAUGCUCUCUCGGCCUUUCAUGGAGUUCUGUUUGUGGGGGUGGGACAACCUCCCAAGGAUAGUCCUAAUGUAUUAUGCCAACUUUCUUUCAUCGCCUGAAGGGUAUUUCCACACAGUCAUAUGCAAUGCUGAAGAGUUCCAAAACACCACCGUAAACCAUGACCUUCAUUUCAUAUCCUGGGACAACCCUCCCAAACAGCAUCCACAUUUCCUAACUGUAGAUGACUACCAAAAAAUGGUAGACAGCAAUGCCCCUUUUGCCAGAAAAUUUGGGAGGGACAAAUCAGUGCUUGACAAGAUUGAUUCUGAGCUCCUGGGUCGCAAAGGUGAUGGGUUUGUGCCAGGUGGUUGGUUUGACGAAGGAGACACAAAUACAACCAUUCCAAGAUAUGCUGUUGCAAAUAUAACCGAACUGAGACCUGGUCCCGGGGCUGAAAGAUUCAAAAGCCUCAUCACUGGUUUGUUAUCUGAGAACGAUUUCCAUGUGAAGCACUGCAUCUAACACCUCAGACGCAUCAAAUCAACAGUGCUGCUAGGGUUGCAUCUUCAGUGAAUAAUCAAUAUGGUGGUUAAGGCUCCUUAGUUCAAGUAAUAAUCGAGGGCUUGUUAUCAGACAGCUAAGAAAGCUACAGGAAUCAAGGUAGUAAGUGAAACAUAUAAAGUAGGAUCGACAUUUAACAAUGAGCAAAGGUAUUUCCUAGGCCAAUUGGCUGAUGGUGCAGCUCAAUGUACUGCUUAGUGCAUGAGAAUGGAAUGUAGUGUUAUUUUUCUCAAGCUUUUAUCAAGAAAAACAUGCUAUUUGAUCAUAUAUAUCAUAUAACCUUGGGAAAUUUUUGAACUCUAAAUUGUAAAUAAAAGUUAGAACUAUCUUUAGUCUGGAAUUUCAUCCAAAGUUGUGCUUCUACUGGGGUAGCAAAUAUCAGAUAUGUAAUAAUAUGAUUUGAAACAGAGGUUUGCAGGGAAAUUUAGUUAAAU